UGUCUUUGCCGUGACGUCCUGUGAACAGCUCCGGAAACUCGGGGUGGUCGAUCGCGCGAAAAAUCGUGUCGCGAGGCUGGACGUUGCCCUCAUCUAGCUCGACGACGGCAUUGCCUGCCCCGUGGCGAAUGUUGGCGCGGGCAACGACCUCAUUCCGCAGCCGCUCGGCUAUCGAUUCGAGGUGCACUCUCCCAACGACGACAUGGUUUGGACUUUGCCCCGCACUUGCACGCGCAUUUCGACCAGCGCGCCCUCACCACCGCCACCUACCUAUGCCUCCGGUAUCGUGGAGCUGCACCUCGACUUCAUGCCUCAGGCGCACUGCGCAAUCGAGUCGAGCGGAACCUCCCUCCCACCGCCCACUUGCUUGUGCGCGAGAAAUGUCAGCACCAUGGACCUCCAUGUGACCCCAGUUGCAAUCCACUCCCGGCCAGCGGUUCCUCUUCGACGAGGCGUUGCCACACGGCCUCUACGUACUUGCAAACGCGGCGUACGUCGUAGGCGUUGAGCCCUGUGAAUCGAACGGAGAUGCCCUCCGUCCGCAUGGUCACCUUGCCGUGGCCAUGCUGCUACCGCAUGUAGUUGAUGUCGGCCUUGGUAAAACGUUCUUGAUUGCGUCAGCCUCACGCGUCCGCCAGGUUAUUCCAGUCUUGUUCAGCACGAGGACGCCGCUCUCAACAUGCUUUGCACAUCAGUUGC